UUCAUUAAACGUUAAUUUGACGAAAAAUUUAGAUUUCACUCCUCAAAUGAAAGGUGAUUAUGUUCUGUCGUUGAAGUAGGCUGUUCAUGGUGUAUGUAUAGUUUUAAUAGCAGCAUACGGCUUAAGCUCCGUGCGUGUUAGAAAUUGUUACAACAACCUUAUAAAAUACACACUAUGACACCUCUUUCUCUGUUCAGUUUAUAUUUGCAAAUAAUAAGAAUUGAUAAAGCAUAUGUGACAAUGGUUCAUGAUUCUUCUCGCUCGUCUUUUGCAUCUGUUGAGCAAUAGAACGAUUGCGAAACAUUACUUCUACGGGCACGUGUACGUUAAGGCUUCUUCACGUCAUCCAGGUUUGUGUUCAUUGUACAAGUUUACAAUGUCAUAGCACGACGGAACGUGGUAAAUAAUCAAGAUGCCAAAAGUAUACCAAGUAAAUCUUCAGGAGUUUAUUGAAGAGUACGCAUGGGACUGUUUCAAACAGGAUAUUGGGUUUAUAAGGAGACUCUUCAACAGAAAAUCCAAGUUUUACUUCGACAUACGCUGGGGAUACCUCGAUUUCUCACACAGGACUGAGAGUAAAGAGAGACCUGUGACCGGGAAUGUGAAUCAGAAAAACGAGGAGUUGUAUUAUUCAGAGUACGAUAAUAAAACCAGCACACAACAGAAUUACACCUUUUCAACAUCAAGGGAGACUACUGCGACUACUAGUAUUGAGCUGCAGGAGAACUACACUAUUGGUGCUGAAACUAAUCUGGAAGUGGACCUAGCGGGUAUUGUUAAGUUCGGGGGUGGUGUAAAUGGGUCUUUGUCGGUGACUGAAACCAAAAGCCAAGAGUUUUCCAAGACUCUCACUUGGAAUAUUGACACAAAUAUUGUAGUCCCGCGCUGGAAUCGCGCCCGUGCGACGUUGUUGGUUUAUGAACAACCCUCAAUUCUUGACUUCACGGUAACUACCACCCUCUCAUUGCCAAAGAAAACUCUUCCAGUGUCUUUAAGACGAAAACGAGAUGACAAAAUCGUGAAGACGUACUACAUUACGAACCUUAACGCAAUAUUCGCCGAAUACAACAAAAAGUAUGCGACAGAUGAAGACAGAAUUGUAAAAAUUGAGACAAGGCCAGUAGAAGGGAGCGCGAUAGAUGAAGUUAUAGCUGUGAUAACCUCCCAUGGAACGUGUAAAAACGUCUCUUGGAAAAAACAGCAUGUGAAGGUACAGUGUACGCCGAUAGAGGGUGCACCGCCAGAGGCACCUGUCGAAAAUAAGAAGGAGGUGAGCGAACAUUAGGAAGAUAACGGAUAAUAACUUUGAACAUAUAAACGAUGUGACGUGUACUAAUAUGAUCACACAUUUUUUGAAGAAUGUGAAGAACUGGUACAGUUGACGCCGAUAGAGGGGGCACCGGAAGGCACGUAAGCCAAAAAUGAGAAGAAGCCAAACGAACUUCAUAACCAAAGAGAUACUUUCAUAUGUUUCAAAACUUAAAUCAAGUUUCUCUUUCAUAUAUAUUACAAUGGAAUCUCGUCCAUGCUUAUAAUUAACUUUACAUUCUUUUAUAUUUUAAUACAUUCUGUACUUUGUAACUAUAUUUGUAAUUUUAUUUGCAAAUCUUAACUAACUAUUAAUUGUAAUUUC